AUGGCUGCACUGCCUAGGGAAAGAACAGAACUUUCACUUCCCUUUGCUAAUACUGGCAUCGAUUUUGCUGGCCCUUUCUCUAUCAAAAGCUUUUCUGCACGUAACUGUCGCAUCACAAAGGGUUACGUGUGUCUGUUUGUUUGUUUUGCUACUAAAGCAAUACACCUAGAACCCACAAGUGAUCUCUCUACCUCUGCCUUUUUAGCUGCCUUUUCUCGUUUUGUAGCUCGCCGUGGUCUUCCAAAAACCAUAUUUUCCGACAACGGAACUAAUUUCGUAGGCGCUAGCAAGGUUUUAGCGAACGAUUUCAGGCUCUUCAUAGACUCAUUUGCUCGAGAUGUGUCUGGUAUAUAUCAACCUCAAGGAGUUAAUUGGAAAUUUAUACCUCCUGGUGCCCCACACAUGGGCGGCUUGUGGGAAGCGGGCGUUAAAAGUUUUAAAGCCCACUUCCGCAAAGUUGCUGGUCAAAAUAAAUUCACUUUUGAAGAGUUUACUACUCUCCUGGCAAGAAUCAAAUCCUGUUUGAAUUCUCGUCCCCUCAUACCCUUAACUGAUAACAUCAUAGAUAUACUACCCUUGACUCCUGGUCAUUUCCUACGAGGAGCACCCCUUUUGGCUCCACCGGAACCGGAUAUGACAUCCACUUCCUUGAGCCUAAGCAAUAGAUGGAAAAAAGUUAAAAUUCUCCAUCAUAACUUCUGUUUGAGAUGGAAAGAAGAGUAUCUUAAAGAGCUACAAAAAAGAUAUAAAUGGAAAUAUUCAAAACGCGAUAUAGCCCUUAACGAUCUCGUCGUCAUCCGAGAAGAAAAUGUUUCAUGUAACGAAUGGCUUUUAGGACGCAUAGUAAAACUUUAUACAGGUUCUGACGGAAGAGUUAGGGUAGCAGAUGUUAAGACUCAAAAAGGUAUAUUGAAACGUCCUAUCGUUAAGCUUUGUAUCCUACUACGCGAUGAAGAAGAAAACACACUUUGA